GAUUGGUUUGAACAGCUGUCAAGAUUGAAGUUUUUCGUAUUUCGAUACCGCCGCGCGCUGAUUACUAAUCAAGUUUAUAAUGGAAAUUCUUAUACUAUUUCAUUAUAUAAUUACGAUUUAACAUCUAGAGUAAUAUUUAUCGCUAAAUUAAUGCAGCGGGUCCGCAAAAAAACACAAAACAACAUUGGAAACGUCACAAUAAUAUGUAUCAUAACCUCUCAAUAAUUUAGUUUUCGGUUAGAAGUUAAAAUAUUUAGUAAUAACAAGCAGUUAAAAUGCAAAAGCUUCAAGAUAGUGUGUUUUCUAUAGUUAAAACAACAAAUUUGUCUCCUGCCGUGUUUAAUUUUCUGCAGCCAACGGAAGAUUUUUCAGAUAAGACACCUCUUGGCGGAAUUUUGAAGGAUACGAAGCAUGGCUGGCUGGCUUUGGGUCCUAAAUUCUGUGUCGUCGAUCUUAGAACCGGAUUAAAAGUGGCAGCGCGAACCUUUGGCACCCCACUGAGCAAUUUCAACACAAUAAUAACCAGCGUAGUGGAGCUGCCUAGACCGUUGACUUCAAACUCCAUACAACUCAUCAUUAGCCUACAAAAUGAUGAUGUGGGCACAAUCUGCGUACUUCACGUCAACGGUUCACAGUUACUCCGUUGCAUACAAACCGAGGUGGUUAUUACGGAGUUGGCGGUAUGGGACAGAGUACCGGAUGGACCCUUAACGUGUUUCGAUGGAGUAGUCAUGGCUGGGACGAAAAGUGGGGAGAUAUUUGCUUUUGAUCUCAAUAGAGCUAGUUUGUUGCAAGCAUUAAAAGACAUCUCCCAAGGUUAUGAACACCUAGUCUUAAAUGAAUCCAACCCAGCCAACUUAAGCUUCCUACAAAUGAGUGCUAUACACAGGAUCAGAGAACAACAAGAACUGGCCAUAGAGAACAAUGAUCACUUAGCCGUACUCCUUAAUGAGAACUCUUUGGUUGAUGGUCAGUACAUAUUCUUGAAUCCUGAUGGGACGGUUCGAAUGAAGGCCAAAAGAGAUCAUAUUCGUGUAACAGUAUUGCAAUACAUUCCACAAUUGGGUAGUUUGGCAGUUGGAUAUAAUUUUGGUGCAUUCCAAAUUUGGAAUAUGAUGACGUUGGAUUUGGAAUUUACGUCGCAGGUCAAUGUGGAGUGCUUGCCUGUCACCCAUUUUGGAUUUCAGGAGCCCUGUGAUGACCCCAGAGCAUUCUGUUACCUUUGGGUGGUUUUCUCGGUAACAGAUAGGUUUGAAGAGGAAGAAUUCCCAUUGGCUGUGAUGUACUCUCUGACAUACCAAGGCAAGAGGAUGCUGUCUGAUACCAAGUGUCUUUAUCAGGAGUUUUCAACAGCAACUAUAAGAUUCCAACUAGAGUUGAGCUCAGCUGAUGAGGUAGCAUUGCUCGGCGGGAAAUGUGUGUCCUGUCAUGCUUACUCCGUCAACUCUUCAUUAGCCGCUGAGGGAGAAGAGAGCAUGUUGAACAUUUGUCAGAUAGUAUGGGAAUGUUGGGGUGAGAAUGCGAACUCAUCCUCUCAAUAUGGAAUGCUCCUGUUUGACUUGGAUCAGUGGUACAAGGAUCAAAUGCCAGCGACCUGGCGCCUAGAAAGCACAGCAUUCAUGAGCGUGACAUGGGUGGGCGAGGCGUGGGCGGCGGCCGCCGUGGCGCUGGACGUACGGCUGGAUCCUUCCUCGCUGGCCGUCUACUCGCAUGCUACUAGGCUUGAGGAGCACUUCUAUCCUAAUUCUUUGCAGUAUAGCUGCAUCUGCCUCAACACAUCAGAAGCUUGUGUGCUCAACACGAUAGGCAUACAGCGUCAGAUCAUCUGCUCUAUCGACGAGGUGGGCCCCACGGCGCUGCUCAACCCGCCGCGACUGUACGCCGCGUGUCUAGCGGCCGGACUCACGCCGCUAUAUGUGCAUGCGUAUCCUGGGAAUGUUAAUCAGGAGGAACAGCGCAGAUACUUACUGUCCGUUGCCCUGGAGGCGCGGCUGUCGCGGUUCCUCAAGCGCUGCGCUCACGACUGGGCCACCGGCAGUCAUAGCGGCGCUGGGUGUACGCUUACAUUCUUGGUGGACUGGUGCUGGAAACGAGCCAUCGAGUUGAAAGAGAAUGCCAAAGAACUGACAGCCCCGUUGUUUGCGUCAUCUGCUCUUCCUGAUAGAAAUGUAGUGCGGUGUCUGGAACACUGCGUACAACAGUUGACACAGCUGACCGGCUUGUUGGAUGCUGUGUUAACGAAAUGCUGCAACCUGAUUAUACCUGAUGCUCUAAGCGAAAUAGAAGAGAAGUACAAAGGCAUCGGCACGGUGUCGGUGUACUUCCGCGUGGUGCAGUGGUUCCUGCGCGUGGGGCUGCUGCCCGAGCGACCCGAGCCCCACGCCGCGCUGCCCUACCCCGCACACCAGUUGUACUCUACUUAUAAUAAGAGGCGCCUAAAACUGAAUCGUUUACAAGACAACGCUCCCACAGACGAGAGCGAAGCUAACAAGCCGUGUUCUCUGUUGUACAUUGAUCAGCUGCUUGAACAGGAGUUCGGUGGUGAAAGGACUUAUCAGAUGUGGAAAAAAGGCGGCAGUGAAUGCAACGGCCUGUACCCGCCGCCGUCCCUCUACUCGUUACUGCGUCUGUAUUUACUGCCCGAUAUCGCGGAGGAACAUAAACACUCUUUAGUGUUGUACCUACUUGUGGAUUACUCUAUGGUUUAUGAUGAAGUUAGGUAUGAAGCAGUGAUUCGUAGACUGAUGCAAUUCCCUACAAUGUUCGGUCUAAGUAACACUGCUAUAAAGGCUACUCAAGCCUUCUGGCAUCUGGACCACAGGGAUUUUGAUUUCGCCCUCGACCAACUCCAAUGCCUAACAGGCAACACCCUCUCGGACUGGCAACACAACGUCGUGUUAUCCACAUUGCUCGCACAAAAGAAGACUCAAGCGGCCCUCCAGUACUUACACGUUCGGAAACCAGCUCCGAUACAGAACAUUCGAGAUAAAGACGGCGAUGUGGCCACAUGUUCUAUUCGAGUCAGUGACCAUGAUAAGCUGGAAGAUUGGCAGUCCUGCUGCAAUCUGUAUCUAGCGAGGGGACUUGUGUUUGAAGCGUUAGAUGUUAUAAGAAUGUGUGUGCAGAAUGCGGGCAGUGUUGAUGAUAAGGUUGCUGUGUUGCAGUUCUUUUUUAAAGGUUGUCGCAACACAGGAAAUCUGGCCAAAAUACUUCAAGUGACGAUGAUGCCGUUUGAAGAGCAAAUGUUCGUCAAAUAUCUAGAGGAUUGUAAUGAGCCACAUACGUCUGAUAUUCUAGUCAUGUAUUACCUACAACAGUCUAGAUACCUCGAAGCAGAGCGCUACAACGCAAAGCUCAAACAACAGAAGCCCCGAGCUAAAGACGUGUCCACAUCCGUAGAGUCGCUAUUCGAUACUAUGGACAGAGAUAACGCUAGAGACGCCAUUGUGGAAGUGGUGUGUUCCUCUCUGCCCGCCAUCGCUAACACUGUGGCACAUUAUGCGCUGGAUAGCAGAGACGUGGAGCCGCAUGUGAUUGCGCCGAAACCCAUGUCUGUGUUUGUGAAGGCAAAGUCGCCUAAAAACACGUUCACUUACAAAUCAUCGUUUAUUCAAGAUACCAUAGAGAAUGCUAGUGAAACGUGGUUUAACAAGCCGAAAAUGCGUCGCGGUAUGAAACGUGCGCUCAAUAUUGAAGAUACGCCGUUUAUUUGCACUCCGAAAUUGACUAGGACGAGAAGCAUCCUCUCAACGGAACAAAAGCCGUCCGAAUCGACACCUCCUAAGCGUGCCCGAUUAGACCUAACAGCGACCCCUAAGACCCCCAAACUGGGGACGUCAUUCCAAGUCAGUGAGACACUCAGCUCUCAGAUGGCUACAUUGCUGGAUAUGCCUGAAAUGCAGAGUCCUGACUGCAAACUGUACCCAGAUAGGGCUGGUACUCCACAUAGUAUAUUGAAGACCCGUCGCAAUGAAGAGCUGGAGCGAGAGGCUCCGUCGCCGGUGGACUCGCGGUACCUGGGCGACAGCGACGACGAGCUGCUGGAGACCGCCAGCAACCACACCCACUACAGCGACUCUACUAACAAACAUCUCCGCUUCACAAUACCAACGGCUUCCGAAUCCGGAUCGACUCCUUCACCACCUUCAAACGCGCAGAAAGAGAGGGAGCGAUGCGCCGCCGCCGCGAGAGAGAGGGAGAUGGAUGUCUCUAUCGAUAGCUUUGUUACUACCACUUCGCAUGCUAUGAAUGAAAAUCAUCCAUUGGAAUCGCCGCCUAAGAAACAAGCAACAGAAGACUCGAUCAAAUCGAGGAAGUCUUUCAAAGACACUGUUCGAGCCAGGCGAUCUCUCUCAAUAUCAGUGAACAGCAGUUUAUCCGAUGAUCCGAACACUUCUAUAGAAAGCAUAGCCGACAUACCCGUUACCCUUAUAAAUCCACGAUACUCAGGCGAAAAACGUCACAAGUACACUGAAAUUGUCGAAGGAAAACAGACCUUAGAUAGUUCGGUUAUAGAGUUGAAUGUCGAAGCGAAAGGCAGUGAGGCGGAAAUAGCCGAGGAAAGACGAGAAAUGCCGAAGACGCCGAAAGGAAGAAGGGGCAUUAGAGCCGCUAGUGGGGAGAGUACACCUGUGAUUAAUAGAAGUCGAACUGCAACACCGGAACGACAAGACUCGCCCGUUGUUACACCUUUGCGCAGUAGCAGAAUAACUAGGAGUAGGUCUAGAACGCCAGAAUUAAGUCCACGCACAUCGCCUUUAGCUCCCAUACCCGAACAGCCGAAACAAGAGUUUGAGAGCGAACCACAUCCCGAGAGGAGUACUCUCAGUGUGCCGAGACAACUCAGGAGUAGGUCCCGUACUCCGGAACGCCUAGAGAAGGGCGUGGCGGAGUCUCCCAAACUGGAGGCCAUCACCGAGUCGCCUACAAAGUCUUCCAACACUGAAUCAUCUUCUUCAUCGUCGCCUUCUAGACGUAGUUUGAGGAGCCGUUCUCGUACUCCAGAGAUUGAAGUUGUAACAGAACUAGUAUUGAAACCUCCACCACGUAGUCUCAGGAGUCGUUCAAAAACGCCAGAAAAACUCAUGUCACCGAGAGUGGAAUCUUCAGCACGCAAGAAGUCGCUAUCACGCAUGGUUUUAGAGCACAACACCUUCGCUAAAACAAAACAGACAGACAAAAUGGAUGCCGAUAUUCCCGAGGAAAAAUCUGAAACAGCUAUCGAAUGUACGCCCAUGAAGACUUUGAAACAGAUCCCUAGUCUAAUGGACGUAACUCUAUCGCCUAUAGUUAAUAAAUCAGUAUUACAAAGUUCUAACGACACCAUUAUGGCAGAAUCACCGGAAGCAGCCAAAUCUGAUAAAAGUACCGCUGAAUUAGUCUUAAAACCAUUACCAGCGUUUACUACACUACAAGAAACUUGUAUAGAGAAGUCAGUCCUACAUAGUUACGCGAGCAGCGUAGCCGAUACCUCGGUUAGCAUUCACGAAGAAAAAAUCGUUGUAACUGAAAAGAGUCAAUCAGUCUUAAAACCUCUUCCAACAUUUACGUUAAACGAGACAGAAUUCGAUAAAUCUGUGUUACAUAGCUACGAAAGUUCUGUAGCUGAAACUUCAAGUAUUCAGGAAGAUAAAGACCAGACUCAACCAGAUAAAAAUACUUCGAAACCCUUCGCUGCGUUCGUACAAAUGAUUCAAACUGAUUAUGAAAAAUCUGUACUACAUAGCGCUGAAAGCAGUGUUGCUGAUAAUUCUAAAGCUUUCGAUGAUUCUAAAGUACAAGAAGCUUCAAGCUUAAUGACAAAUGACAGUGAUGUUGAUAUGGAAGAAAAUGUAGAAAAUAAGACUGCGGCCGAACAGAAGGAGAAAGAGAAAAUAGUGGAGAUUGAGAGGGAGAUCGGUGAGAUACAGGAUAUGUCGGAUGAAGAUGUUGAUGAGAGUGAUUCGGAUGAUGAUGAUGAUGAUGACGAUGUGAACGAAGGUGAGGAUGAAGCGGAGGCGUCUGGGAGCAGUUCGUUUGAUAGUGAGACCCGCAAGCAAAAUGAAGGGAAUGCUUCCACAGAUCUCACAAAAAGUGAUGGUAAAAUGUGUACCAAAGUCAACGCGUCAAGUCCAACAGACGGCGAAGAAAACGACGAGGUUAUAUCAAUAGAAGAUUCGGAAGAUUCUAGCGAUAAACUGGAAAUAGACGAACAGUCCAAAGGCAGCACACAAUCAGAUAAACUACAAAUUGUCGAAGUUGAUGAAGAAGAAAGUACACCAACAGAACAAAUAACUAACAAAAAUGAUACACAAGAAAAAGAAAAUGUUGAAAGUUCCGUAGAUCCGCUGAAUCAGGCUAAUUUCUCGCUUAUGACGGAUGAUAAUUCUGUCGCUGGGUCCGAUAAGUCGGAUAUGAAUCUCAAUUAUUCGACCGAAAGCGAUAAAGUUAGUGUUAGCGGUGAAACUACUGUUAAGCACAUGGAGACAGAACCCGAACCAACAGUACAAAUUGAAAUCACAGUGGAAACUGAAAAUAAAACAAAAGAACGCUCGCCCUCAUUGACCGAAGUUGAUAGUCCUAAACAAAUGGAGGUAGCUCCUACAGUCGAAGAAAUUUCAGAACCAGUAGAUAAAAUAUCUAGUAUUGAACCUAAAGAUGAUAAACAAACUGAAAUACCUGCAACAGAUAAAGAAAUAGAAGGAACUGAUAAAGUACCUACUAAAGAAGUCCCAACGAUUAUCGAAGAAGAAAGCAAACCUAUUAAAAGAGUGUUGAGACUUACAGAACAUAUAUUAGAUGAGCCACAAAACACACAAAAUGAACCAGAAGUUGCUCAAAAAGUUGCAGAGACUACUGAAGAAGUACCACAGACUGCAGAAAAACUACAAGAGACCACAGAAACACAAGAAACUGAGAAACCAGAUGAAGUUGAAAUAGUAGAAAAACCAACACGCGGUCGAAAACGUGGCAAAUCUGUAUCCUCUAACAAAUCUACUACAGAAUCUGAAAUUGAGACAGAAAUUCGCACACCAGUUACUAGAAAACGUACCCAGUCUACCGCUUCAAACAAAUCUGUGGAUACCGAAAAGACUCCUGAGAGUGCCAAACCUGAUACUCCUUCUAGACGGAGAGCCAAAACACCAACAAGCACAGAAGUACGAAAGAUAAUAACAAGACGUGUAUCUAGAGAGAUGUCAGAACGAUCGAUGACAGACGAAUUGAAAGUUCUAGAAGAAUCUGUUCUAACACCUAAGCGUCGGUCUACUCGUUCUAGAAGCAAGAAUAUUGAUGAUAAUGAGAGCGUGGCUUCAGAGAGUUCGGUAGCUUCUAUUAAGAGUAAGGCGAGCGAAGACGCGGGUGAUAGGGUAGUUAGGAAAGGCCGUAAAUCUGUGUUGGUUAGUAAGCCGGAGUUGUCUGUGAUACCUGAAGUUAUUGUUGAAGAAGGGGGUAAGAAUGCUGAGGAUGUUGUCAAUGAAUAUUCUAGUUCUAGGAGGUUAACCCGUCACCAAAAAGCCGUGCUAGAAUCAUGGCUGGAACCCCAACCGUCGCCACGCCGUCGCCUCAGCACAGCCUCGCGUACUUCCCGCUCUAUAGCGUCAGAGGUAGAUGACGACGAUGCCUCCUCGACCCAUUCCGCUGCCUUCGAUGUUCAGCCCAUUGACAGGAUCUCGCUGCUCAAUAAGACUGAUUUUGAAGGCUCACCCGACUUGGAAGAAAUGCUACCGAACCUGUCACCAGAAUCUCUAGCGUCGGAUGCCAGUAAGCAGCGAAGAUCGCGUCUCGGCAGAGCAGCAUCAGAAACCAAAGCAGUGCCGCGUGCUGCCAAAAUUAACAGGAGAAUAUCUGUAGACGUUGCGGAUAACUCAGACCGCGGUUCCCCAGUGCCUAUGGGUGCAGAGAGCCCGGCUCGCGGGCGGCGCAAGUCGUUCAACCGCGCCUGCGAGGCGCUACAUACGCCGAAGGGACGACGGGCUUCUACUGAUGUUAGGCAGAAAGGCGACACGGAAAGCCCUGUGGAGUCGCCCGCGGUGUCGGAGUCCGAGGCGGCCGUCACCCCCGCGCGACGCACUCGCCGCGCCGCCUCCAACGUGUCCACCACCAGCCAAGCUGGCUCCGAGACUGGGAAGAGGUCAAGGAAAGCCGCUCUAGAUGAAACUAAGGAUGCAAAGAAGAAAUGAACAAAAACAUAAGUUAUUUUUUAUAUUUAUAGUGAAAGUUAUAUAGGGUUUCAGUUUUGUUUUUGCAUUUAUAACAUAAUAAAUCGAAUACCAAUUAAUGUAAA